CUGACAUGGCGCUUUUUCGGGAACAUGCUUUUUGCAAUCAAAUCAUCUUUUGCUCAGUGAUUUUUUUUUUCAGUCAACAGAAGGAAAGAUAAACAAGCCUCCCUUUCCUCCCCACUGUCCCCGACUAUUUUUUUUUCCUUUCACUUCUUCUCUCUUUUCACUUCCUUUUGUCAUUUCCACCAUUCCUUCCUCAUUAGCUUUCUGGUUCUUUAUCCGUUUUAUUCUUGUUCGGUUUCAGCAACAACCAGCAGAAAAAGAAGCAAAAAUAUAUAUUUUUCUUGAUUUGACACUUCCGUUCGCCAAUAAUACUCAAGCUACGUCUUAUCCCUAUGAGAGAAUAUAAACUCGUUGUCUUGGGAUCCGGAGGUGUUGGCAAGUCAGCUUUGACGGUUCAAUUUGUUCAAUGCAUCUUUGUCGAGAAAUAUGAUCCGACUAUCGAGGAUUCUUACCGCAAACAGGUGGAAGUCGAUGGACAACAGUGCAUGCUCGAGAUAUUGGAUACAGCUGGUACCGAGCAGUUUACUGCGAUGCGAGAUCUGUAUAUGAAGAAUGGCCAGGGAUUUCUGCUGGUUUUUUCCAUCGCCAGCAUGGUCACUUUGACGGAUCUCCAGGAAUUACGUGAGCAAAUUUUACGUGUGAAAGACACAGCCAAUGUACCCAUGGUAUUGGUUGGCAAUAAGUGCGAUCUGGAAGAAGAAAGAAUGGUAUCACGAGAACAAGGAAUGAUGUUAUCGCAACAAUGGGGAGGGAAACCCUUUUACGAAACAUCGGCACGACUGAAAAUCAAUGUCGACGAAGUCUUUUAUGAUUUGGUACGACAAAUUAACAGACAAAUGCCUUCCAAAGAUAACAACAAGAAGAAAUUGAAAUGCCUUGUCUUAUAAGCAUACUGUUUUUUUAAGUUAUACAACGAUGUGUUACCCUAUCUAUUUCAUUCCCCCAUAACCCCCCCCCCUCCCUCACUUCCCUGUCUAUCCCUAUAUAACAUUAUAGAACCCUUAUCUAUCCUUCAUGCCGUGAACAAAUUGCUCCAAUCAUUUACCGACAUUUUCAAUCUUGAAAGCAAAAUGAACCAUUGAACGGUGAUGCAGACGUUUCGACACAUUGAUCACGCCUCGGGU